UGACAGUGGAAGAACUGCCUGGAGUGGACUGUAAACGAAGCUGCAAGCAUCAAUCAGGAGAGUGGGGGAGUGCUGCUCAGGCCAGUCUCUGUUUCAUACAGUGGCAAAGCCUACGGCUUGAUUGUUCUCACUUCACUGUUUCCACCUGUGCUGAGUGUCUGUCUCAAGAUUCUUAAAAAAGCCAUCAAGACAUCAGGAAAUCCCAUCUCAGUGAGGUCAAGUUCUGAAGGCGUUGUUCUCCCUUGACAUGCAUUGCUAAGUUGGGAAAUUGUUUCACUUGGGAUCAGCAUCCAGUACCAUCCUCCGGUAACGUGCUAAGAAAAUGAGUACGAAUUCUGUAUUGAUACAUGCUCAAAUCCAAAUGUGGUGUGCAAAGGCAGGAAUGUCUAAGGCAAAAGCUGCAUUCAUUGAAACAGUGAUGGGAAAACGGGAAGCUAAACUUGUGCUCUAUUUUACCACUGGGAAGAUUAAAGCUUUGCAGCUAAACAAUAAUAUUAAAAGUGUGGUCCUUAGAACCUAUGGUGAAGAUCAGAAUUACCUAAAUUUAACUUUUAAAAAUAACGAUUUCUUGUUUGUUGAGAAACUAACCACCAUAGAUGCCAGACAACUGAAGAAAUUCCUAGACAGAGUUUAUCAAAAAAAUCUUCGGGCAUUCCGGAGAAAUGGUAAGGAGAGAUCUGAUGAUCCUAGCACAAGCACCCAGGAGUUAGGUGCCUCUUCACCACUGGAGUUAGGUGCCUCUUCACCACUGGAAGUUCAUGCAGAACCAAGCAGUAAGUGCUUCGAAUCAGCCAAAAAAAGUGAAGCACCAGUGCUUCCUUUGCCUUCAUCCUCAUCAACCACACCUAAUAGCGUAGGGUUCUUAGAAAAACAACUUGUAAAGAGGAAAAGAUCCUCACCUAAUUCAGAAAAGAAGAAAACAGAGACCAUCCUACAGGGCAGCAGUAAGGAAUCUGAGGCAAAGUCGGUGGUGCCUGUACAUGAUAAUAAAGAAAAAGAAAGGGAUUUAAGAGAGGCUGAAAAGAGUAAACCAGGAUCUGGCUUUUCAUCUGAGACCAACAAUCCUGAAGAGUCUGAUUUGAGUAUUCGUGAUAUUCAUGAUCUCAUUACAAAGUUAUUUUCGCCAUUUCUGUUAGAACCGUGCUGUAUGGAGAAAGACAUGGAGUGGCAUGAGUGUAUAAAGACACUCUUAGAGCACCCAGAGAAAACAUGGCAAGGUCUGCCUAAUGUGGGCAAUACCUGUUAUAUAAAUGUAGUGUUACAGUCGCUCUGCUCUGUUCCACUGUUUGUUAAUGAGUUGUUCAAUCAGGGUUUCCCAUGGAUUAGACCUCCUAGAGAUGAUUUUAACAUGCGCUUGAUGCAACUGCUUGUUUUGAAAGAUAUUUACAAUACAAAAACUAGGGAGAAGUUACUUAUAAAGUUCACAAAAACCCUUCCACAAUUUGGAGAGAUAUUCGCUGCUAACAGGCAGAAUGACGCACAUGAGUUUUUAAGUCACUGUUUAGUUCAGUUGAAGGAAACUGUUCAAAUAUUAACCGUAUUGUGGCAAGCUGAAAAAGAAUCUGGGAGAAAUAAUUUACUUAGACAGAUUUUUGCUAACCAUGCUAUUAUUGACAAAAUACCUUUUUGUCCUGUUGCCAAUAAUUUUGAAUUUGAGUUGAUGAGAUCGAUUUUUUGUAAAGCUUGUGGCAUGGUUGUUUUCAGGAAAGAGCCGAGUAGUUCUCUCUCCAUCAGCAUUCCUCAAGGAUUGAAAGGCCUCAGUUUGUCUAUCCAAUCCUGUUUUGAUCUUUUUUUUAAAGCAGAAGAGCUUGAACAUAGGUGCGAAAGGUGUAUGCACAACAAAUCUAUGGCGGUGCAUAAGUUUGGCCGCCUACCCAGGGUUAUUAUUAUUCACCUUAAGCGCUAUAGCUUUAGUGAGUCGCGGGUGGUGAAGAAGAAUGAGCAACACGUCAUUAUUUCCAAAAUUUUAAAGCUGUCUUAUCAUUGCAAUGAAAACACAAAGCCACCUCAGCCCCUUAGCCAAAAUGCACAUGUUAAGGAUUUUGACUUACUAAAACCCCUUCAAGAGUUGGGUUUUGACAUUUUCAAAGUGUCAUUUAAUUCAAUGAUGACCUCAGGAUCCAAGGAUUCCCCAACUGUAGACACCAGCUCAAGCAAGGAGUCAGAAGCACAAAAUGUAAGGAAAGUCUCUCAUGUGUUGAGUGGGCAAGUGCAGCAGGAAGCUCAGGGAAAGGGGGCCACACAAAAUGUAAUUGGGUCAGAAUUGACAAACAAGACAGAAAAACCCAAGAAACAUGAGAAAACAUGUACAUUUAGUGAGUUAGAUUCUGGUAGCUUCAGCAAGGCUACUAAAGAUAAUGAUCUCAGAAUUCCAGAAAGAUCCCCAAAGUACCAACAGGUCCAGAAACGUUAUGAAGAGAGAAGUGAUAAACAGACCUCCCAAGAGGCAGUUACUCAGAGCCAUCCAAAACCAAGCUCCCAGAAACAAAUGGGUUACUUCAGUAAACCUGCAGAGUCACAUACCCAGAGUGGCAAUCUGAAGUUACAGGACUCACUGGACCCCAGUAAGAACUUAGGAAGCAAAGAUAUUUCAGGUAAGAAGACAAAGCCAAGAGGCAAGGUGGAACCCCAAACGGUUGAUCCAAAAGAAGACAAUUAUUACAGGCUCAUUAAUAUUAUCAGCCAUAUUGGGAACAGUCCCCAUGAAGGCCACUAUAUCAAUGAUGCCUUUGACUUCAGGAAGAAGAAUUGGUUCACUUAUAGUGAUCCACAGGUGACGAGAAUACAAGAGGAGCUUAUACAGAAGGCUAGGCUUUCCACUGGCUAUGUCUUCUUUUACAUGCAUAAUGAGAUCUUUGAAGAGCUCCUGGCAAAGGAAUCUCAGGCUUCUAAAACGUCAUAGGAGUAAUAUGAGGGCCAUAUGUCUCAUAGUACCUAUCUACCCGAGUGCCUUACUCACUUAAACUGGAUUGAGAAGAACAGAUAAUUAGCCCAAGACCAACAUCUCAACAAACAUUUACAGAGAAAUCACCUUUGUAACUCUAGCCAUAUUAAUUCCAUAGUUACAGCUGAUGCUAAGGAGUGUUCUCUCAUACAAGACUAGAACUGUAUUUUUUAUGCUUUUUGUCAGAAAAUAGACUUACUGAUAGUGAAGUUUUCAGUUUUCUCUACAGAAGUUGCAUAACCCAAGGUUGUCCUUAUAUUGAUAAAAGUGCCUUAUUUUUUCCCGCGGUCAUAAACAUUCUUCUAAAAGAGGUGCAUUUUCCCUUGUUUCAAUGUUCUUUUUUGCAUGAUCACCAUAAUAAGUUAUGAUGAAAAAGCUCUUACAUAAUCAGAAGGAAAAAGCUCACAUCCAGAUAGCCAAAGGUUCAGGAGAAUCUACCUAGCACUGUUAGCCCAGCCUGGUGCUUUUAUCUUGCUGACUGUUUGAAAUGUUUGAAAUAUCCUUGUCCCCUCGCAGCUUUCUUAAAAUGGAGAUCACUAAAUGGUGGCACCUGGAGUGAAGAGAGAAGAAAACAUUUUAUGUCCACAGAAGUUGGCUAGCUCUCUGGUUAAUUGCUUAUUGGCUACAGCCCUCUCUAGUUCUAGGUCCCUGGCUUGGUUAAGGUGUCUGGUUUCCUUCUUGGCUCCAGUGCCAGCUCCUCAACUACUCUCUUCAACUCUUCAUCAGAAGCAGCAGCACCAGGCACAAUACUACUGAGAUUUUGAGCCAGAGGAAUUCUUCAUCUCGUCAGUUAUGUUUUCUGAAAGCUGGAUUUCCUUCACCGCCGAGUCUUUCUCAUUUGCCGCAAAGGUGCUGCUCCUGCUUCUGUCCCCACAGUUUGAGCAUGGACCCACAAGCACAUUAAGGCCCAAAUAGACGCCUAGAUUCUUCCCUUGCCCAAAAGGAGCAAGGCCACGACCCCUACCUUUUAUGUUCUAAUGCUGUGGUUUUAAGAGUGGAACCUGAUCAGCACCACCAGGAAGACAGGACCUCAUGGGCUCUUCUGAAGAUCUCCUAAUCCCCAAAUUUAGAGCAGAGGACAGCAAUCCAAUGGAGACUGUAAUGUUCAAUUAGGUUUAGAGUCACUGUUUUUGUAUGUAGAAUAUAUUUUUUGCUUGUUAUGUUAAUGUGUUUGGGUUGCUUGUUACGUAGAAAGUAUUUAUAGCCUUUUUAUUUCUAUUAUAUAUGCCUUUCCUAUGAAAACACAGUUUUACUAGUUUGAUUUUGUAAAAAAAAAAAUAGUGGGAUUACACCAGCUGUAUUCAACUGAAUCCGGGCAAUAAGCAGUAAAUGUGGCUGGCUGAUACUUUUGAAUCCUCUUGGACAUGUGUAGAUAAUACUGGACACCAAACAAGUCUUCAUAGUCCGCUAAAACCCCUCUUUUCUUCGGUAUCAAAGGCGCUGGUUAUUUUCAGACUUUGAUCUUGAGGAUGGAGAAUCUGAUUCAUGCUCAAGAAUUGAUGUGUUUUCCUGUUUGUCAGCUAGCAAGUUACCUGCUGGAUUUUGGUGAUCUGAGCCCACUUCACCAUUUUGAUCUCAGAAGGGCACUUGAGUUACAUCAAAGGAGUUUUGCUUACCAGGAUUUGAUCUGCAAAACUGAACAGUUUUGUGCAUUCAACAUUAGAAGAGGAAUUAGGGAUUUCUUUUUCAUCUUUGUAGCAUGGUAUUCUGUUCCUUGAAUGAAUACACAAUACCUGCUUUAAAGUGGACUUGUAAGACCUGAAAAUCUAAUUUGAAUAACAAGCUUUGAUAUAACAUGAAAAAAAAAUGUCUCUGGAGAUGAUCUGAUGUGUGGGGAAAGUCUCGUGCAUCCUAGACAUGGUGAUAUUCUGUAAACAUUCAGUAAUCAUACUUAAUUCUUCUAAUGCCAAACAUGUGUUGUCUGGAAUGUCUUCUCUUGCCUUUGAAGCAAUGAAUAUAAUUCCUUAUACCUGUAUUGGAAUAUAUAACAAGAUUGUGCUACUUUGUUUUAUUGUAUACGCAGAAUUUAUCCCCUUAGUAUAAGGGGUAGUUUCAGUAUAGUGUAUUAAAUCCUUUUUGUUGGUAGUUUUAUUUUCUUUCUGAUUUUGUUUUUGUUUUGUUUGAAUUUUUUGUUUGCAUUUUGAGAUGGGUGUCUCCUUUGCUAUUAGAGGCCAGGGCUGGCAUUGAAUUCAGAGAUCUGCUUGCUUAUGCUUACCAAGUGCUAAGAUUAAAGGCAUAGGCCACAUGUCUAGCUUUGUUAGUGUUAUUUCUAGUGGCCUUUAGAGGAGUGAAUUAGAAUUUAGUGCUGUUAGGGAAAUUAGAUAAUGCCCCUUUGUUUAUGUAUUUUAUGUAUAUGAGUGCUCUAUCUUCAUGUGUGUCAGCAUAUCAGAAAAGGGCAGCAAAGCAAGGCAUAUCUUGACAACACUGACUAAUACAGACAGCUAACAAGUCUAAAGUAUGUAAGGUAGCACAGCAGACUAGGAAUAAGUGCAGUAGUCAGUAUUGUAGUGUUGAGUCUGAAAUCCACAAGGCAAACUGGCCUGCUGGAGACUACUGCAGAUUUGAGACAGAAAAUCAGGUUUUGCUCUUUAGGCCUGAUUGGAGCAGGCACACCCACAUUUAUACUUGAUCAACAGAGUAUAGUUAUUAACUGCAUUUACAAAAUACCUGCCUAGCAAUCCCUAGGUUACUAUUUGAUUAAAUAGCAUAUAUCCUAGCCAAGUUGGCAGACAACUAGCCAUCACAUAUGCUAAGUCCAGAAGCUCAGAAAAACCUAAGCAAAACAAUCCAUUUUGUAAAUGAAAACAAUAUGUUAUAAUACUAAAUCUUUUC